CACUUACGCAUAUAAAAAUAGAAAACAACAAAACAAACCUCUUACUUGGGAUCAUAUGUUCAAAACAUAUUUUUUUAUUACAUGCUCAUAUAAAAAAUUACAAAAAAAAAUCAGGGGCACCUUGCCAUUUUGGCUGAUCGAAAUUUCAUAUAUAAACACAGCAACAUGCAAAUACAAAUACAAACAUCAUACCAUCACAAAACAAUUAUCUUAACAACAACAACAACAAAAACAACAAUCCAGCAAUUCCAAACCAAGCUCUUUAUAAUCCAAGAAUGCUUCGUCUUACCGCCGUCAUCUUUACUCUUAUCGCUGCCGCUACUGCCAAUCAGUGCUCUGGAAACGCUGCCAUCUGCCCCAACAACCAAGACGGCGUCUCCUCGAGCUAUCUCCAGUGCGACAACUGGGCCAAGCAAUAUAUCACUACACCUUGCCCCGCUGGACAAGUCUGCUACGCUAAUCCCGCAGCUCCCAACUCCGUCAUGUGCGCUCCUCCAGGGUCGGGCAGUGUCCCUGGAACUGGCAAGUGCACUGGACACACGGCAAAGUGUGCAAACCAUGGACAGAGCGGCGCCUACUAUAGCUGCGAGCCAUGGGCUGGCCAGUAUGUCAACAACCAAUGUCCCGCUGGACUUAAGUGCUACAACAAUGAUGCCGGCACUGGUGUACAGUGCUACUAAGUAAAUCAUUUUCUACACCAUGCCUUUAUUUCUAAUUCAAUUGACAAGUAGACAAAUAAAC